AUGAAGACUUUCGCGGAGGGCUCAGCGCUCUGGUUUUCUUUGGUACGCAAGAAGUCCUGGGAUUAUAUCGGCUUUUGUUGCAUCAAUUUAUUGGAGGCGAAGAACCGGGAUGCACGGUUCUGGGGGAAGGGAUAUGGAACGGAAGCCGCACGGUUCACUGUAAACCAUGCCUUCAAGCAGUUUGGAUUGCAGCGCAUCUUUUUAGAUAUUACAGAAGGCAAUGCGAGAGCACGAACCGUUUAUACCAAAUUAGGUUUUAAGGAGGAGGUAAGGAAACGACGGGGGAAUUGGAUAGAUGGUCACUGGGAGGAUAUUAUCGCAAUGGGGGCUCUAGACGAUGAAUUGAAUGGGUGGAGUUGCAUCCUGACAGUCGCCAGCUGUGAAUAA